UCUAAUCUCUUUCCAUCUCCUUCCGUGAUAAAAGGGAGAAAACUAGCUCCUCCUCCCGGCCUCCGUCAUCAUCAUCGCCACCGCCGAACUCCGGGACAGCAUCUUCCACGAGGAAGCCGUGGUCAUGUUCAAGGAUUUAUACGCUUACCAGUACGUGUUGGCCGUGGGUGUCAUCAGGUGCGCCUACAACCUGGUGGCGGCUUUGUUCGUGGCGAUCAACGUCACCGGCAGGAGGAAGAUGGUCGGCGGCGGCGAGGCCGGCACUGUGCUCCUCAUCUACGCCGACGUCAUAAGUAUCAUCAACUCCACGGAAGUCUGGAACAGCCGAUCUUCAUGGCGCCUAUCACCCAUGUGCUCAGAUCUGAAUUGUAGCAACAACCCACAACAAGAUGUGGAGCAGGUGAUGAUUCAUGAUGGACUCUCCAUCACCCAAGCUUUGUGCACAGCCAGAAUAUUUGAUGGAGGGUUUAUCCGGUCAGCACCAGAAUUUUGUGGUGUUAGCAAUCCGCAAUCAGCUGUGAGGAACCAAAUUCGUCUACCUAAUUUAUUUAUGGAUCUUAAUUUCUUACUCUAGAAGCAGACGUGUGGAUAAUUUCUGGAUUCUUAGAGGGAAAUAAACCUAGAAGAUCUCCACGAAAUAAAAACACUAACCAGGCAUGUACCUUAAGGAUAACGAAACCUACAUAUCAGAUGCAAAAGAAGCUCAUGAGCGUGUUGUCCCGACAAAGUGAAGUGCCGAGGUAGGCCCAUGCCAGGAGUCGUUGGCAAGUACUGUCGGCAGCAGGCCAGCUACUCUAAGAGCUUCUUAUAAAUACCUGUACAUGCCUGUUGCAGUAAUUCCUCCAGACAUGGACAAAGGUAGGCUCGAUAUUACUCUGCAUGUGCUUUAGAUAUGGGUAGUUCAUAUGUUUGGGUGAUGGCGUGGAAUUAUCUAAUACGUUCAUGCCUGUCUCUGCCUCUCGCCCCAUUGACUCUCCGUACCGUGACAGACUAAACUUUAGAGGUAGCACUGGCCAGCGCCAAGUUCGUACAGCUGUGGGAAGCAGUCGUGACCUGGUAAGCGCUAAGCAUGUCCACUUCCCUUCAUGGUCAUGCCAGAUCUAGAACAAUUCUUCUUAGCUAUGGGUCAUGCAUUGAAUUGAUCUGAUAAGAUCAAUAUAAUUUUGACUUGCAAGUUCAUGGUCACCAUCACUUCCAGUGACGCAAGCAAAAAGGGUCUAGAUGAUGAUGGUUCAUAUGAAAAUUGAAACAUUCAUAUGUGAUCAGCUUGCAACCGUAACUAAAUAAUGAAUAUAUAAUCUCUUUAACUCAUUUUAAAUAGUUAAUCUUCUGCUAUGAUAUGCCUAAAUUGUACCUUUAACUGCUUUUUAUAAUCUAUGGAAAUGAGUUAUACACGAUGUAAACAGUCUACAUAUUCUAUAUUAAAUCUACCUGCACAAAAUGAGUGGAUCUUUGACUUUACCUCCACGGUGCGAACUUAGUAGAACAAUGACUUCGGUUGUGCUUCCCAGCAUAAAUAGAUUUGUAUAUGCAUAUCUAAUUUUUGAAAAUGCACUUUGCACCAGAAACUUUCAGAGAAAUGUUUCUUCAGAAAUAUAUUCAUAUCGACUGGGAUAGGACACAUACUUUCUGCAUGUAUCAUUAU